AUGACAACAGGAAUGGAAACUGUCGACGCUGCCUUUCUUAAAAAUAAAUUUGAAGAGGAAAUUGGAAGUCUUCAAUUGCUUAGUGAUCAAUUCCAGAAUAAAUUAACAACAUUAGAGCAACAACAACAACGAGACAAAACAAAUUUUUUGGAUUCACUUCAGCGACUUUAUGAUAAAAAUUCUGAGGGUUUGGAAAGAUUAAAGGUCCACGAACCUAGAGCACGGGCUUUUGAUGCGCUCCAAAUGAUGAGACAUUUUGAUGAAUUUUUGGCUGAACAACCUUUGCAUUCGGCUGUUUUUACUGAUCCUGACAGGUUACUCGAAUCAGCUGAAAUUAUUACAAAAUUAUCGUCUAUCGCUCAAGAAUUGGACAAAAAUAAAUUUCAAACAGUUCAAAUGAGAAUUUCACACAAAUACGAUGAAAUAGAACAAUUACUAAUCGAAGAAUUUAUUCGUUCUCAUGACAGGAAAAGAAUGAGAGAAAUUGCUGUUAUUCUUUCUGAAUUUAAAGGAUUUUCUCGUUGUGUUGACGGCUUUGUAGAACGCAUUCAAAGCACUGCUCCACGUUCAGAAAACGUUUUUACCGACAUUUUUAAACUUUGUGAAAAGGCAAAACCAAUUAUUGAAGAAGUCUUUCCUCGAACACAAUUUGUUAUUUCAAAGCUUUUGCUUAAUGUCUUUCAUGGGAAAUUACAGGAUAUGGUUGUAGCAACACUUGAGGAGACGAAAGGCAAUCCGGAACUUUAUUUGACUAAUCUUUAUGAACUUUAUUCAAAAACAUUUAAAUUACAAGGAGCUUUACGUUCCCUUUUUCCAACAAAUUCUGUUGAUCCACAAUUUUUGCCUACUUUGAGUCAAUCAAUUUUUGGACCUUUCUUGGUCACUUAUUCAAAAAUUGAACACAAAUUUAUUGCGGAAAAGUGUACUUUUAUUUUGAGAAAAUUUUAUGAAUCUAAAGGACAUCAAAAAAGGAGUAUUCUUUCUAGCGGGUUUGUGGUUUUUUAA